AUGCCUGAACCUUCCGCCGAUUCUCCUUCUUCCGCCCUCAAACCCUCUUCUUCCGCCUCCCUUUCCGCCGACCCUUCCGCCUCCGCUUCCGCCUGCCCCCCCGCGCCAGCUCCCGCCGCGCGGAACGGUCUCGUUCUCCCGGGGCGCGCGUCUCUAGACACCCUUCAGGCCUCCCCCGCUCCCCCGCUCGCGCUGGGCAACCCGCGCCGAGUCUUCGCGCGGAGAAGCGCCAGCAGCGGGGAAAACCCCCCGGGGCUGUCCCUGAUCAACCGCCGAACCGCAGCUGCAGGCUCGGGAAGAGGCCUGGCGAGCAGGCGCGAGGUGCCGGGGCUGAACAGGCCCGGAAGGGGCCCGGGGGGGUUUAAACUAGACAUGGGCGCGCUUCAGCGGAGCAGGGGGGAGCGGGAUUUCGCGCGGGAGGCGCAGGAGGCGCAGGCCAGGCGGGAUAAGUUCGCGUUUUUCGAAAAGGACUGUAGCCGAGUGCUGGAGCAUGUAUAUGUGGGGAGCGACUUUGUAGCGAGAAGCAGGGAGGUUCUUAAAGAGGCUGGGAUCACGCAUGUGCUGAACUGCGUGGGGUUUGUGUGCCCCGAGUAUUUUCCCGAAGAGAUUAAUUACAAGACGCUCUGGCUGCAGGACAACACGGGCGAGGUGUGUGUCUUGUAUGAUGUGUUUGAUUACAUCGAGGCAGUGCGGGACAACACGGGCGAGGACCUGGUGUGCGUCUUAUACGACGUGUUUGACUACAUUGAGGCCGUGCGGGACAACACGGGCGAGGAUCUGGUGUGCGUCUUAUACGACGUGUUUGACUACAUUGAGGCCGUGCGGGCGAGUGAAGGGGUUGAUCCCUGCGCACCCUUGCACCUCUCCCAUUCGCCCCUACACACGUUUCCAUCCCUCCCCAUCCCUCCCCUCCCCCAGGACAACACGGGCGAGGACCUGGUGUGUGUGCUGUACGACGUGUUUGACUACAUCGAAGCCGUGCGGGCGGCGAGGGGACGGGUGUUCAUCCACUGCUGCCAGGGCAUCUCGCGCUCCACGUCGCUCGUGAUCGCAUACCUCAUGUGGCGCGAGGUAUGUGCGUGGGUGUGUGGGAGUGGGAGGGUAGGUGCACUGGGCAAUGGGCAUGCAAUGCAAGGCAGAGUGGCAUGUCCCCCUGCCCUCCGCACCUCCCAAGGGACGGGUGUUCAUCCACUGCUGCCAGGGCAUCUCGCGCUCCACGUCCCUCGUGAUCGCAUACCUCAUGUGGCACGAGGUACGAGGGUGCAGGGGCGUGGAGUGUGCAGCAUAGCAUGCGUGUUUGGGUUGGGUUGCAUCGGGUCUGCUGUAGAGGUCACAUUGAUUGUGGCAUGUUAUUUUGAGACGUCUCGGAAUAUCUCGUGCUCCACGUCCCUCGUGAUUGCAUACCUCAUGUGGCGCGAGGGAAUCCCCUUUGGAGACGCGUUUAAGAGAGUCAAGGCACUGAGAGCCGUGGCCAAUCCCAACAUGGGGUUCGCAUGCCAGCUGCUGCAGUGGCAGACUCGCAUCCUCCCCCCAUCCGCCCUCGAUCCGCCCCCCACGCCUCAACCUACCGCUCUUCCCCCUGCUGCCCCUGCUCCUGCUUCUGCUUCUGCUUCUGCUGCUUCCACUGCCUCAGGGCAGGGAGCAGCAGGACAGGGAGAAUCAGCGCUGGCACAGCUGCAUGCACCGCACCAGCCGGCACAGCCGUCUGUCGCAGAGCCGUCAACGGCAUCAGGGGCGGCAGAGGCGUUAGGGGCGGCAGUGGCAUCAGGGGCGGCAGAGGAAGCAUCAGGGGCGGCAGAGGCAUCAGGGGCGGCGGGCAGCUGUCACAUGUACCGCAUGGCGCCGCACUCGCCGUACGACGCGCUGCACUUGGUGCCGAAAAUCACCGCCCUCUCCCGCCACUCCCUUGACCCACGAGGGGCCUUCAUUGUGCAGAUACGGACAAACGUGUAUUGCUGGCGGGGGCGGGAGUGCCACCCGCUCAUGGCCAAGCAGGCCCUUGCUGCUGCCGCCCAGAUCAUCAAGUACGAACGGCUGGGGGAGGUGACAUCUGCUGCAGGCGGGGAGGUGGCACCUGCUGGUGACGAGGAGGUGGCAUCUGCAGGCGGGGAGGUGGUAUUUGCUGCCGGUGGGGAGGUGACAUCUGCUGCGUCUGAGGAGGUGGUAUCUGCAGCAUCAUGUAGGCCUGGGAAGGUGGCAUAUGGGGAAGGUGGGCCUUCUGAGCAGAGAUUGCAGCCGAUGCUGCAGCAGCAGCAGCAGGGGGGAGAGAAGGGGGGGCAGAAGGGGAGGGGGGAGGGGGAGGGGGGAGAUAUGUGA